UGCGUUUAAGGCGUGGCUUCUGCUGGGGCGCCUGAAGGAGACUUGGGGUCGGCUUAGCAGUUCCCCUUGGGCAGUUUGGGAGUCGCCGUUGUUGCAGCUUCUUUGCGCUCCAUGAGGAAGAUGCUGGCCGCUGUCUCCCGCGUGUUGUCUGGCGCUGCCCAGAAGCCGGCAAGCAGAGUGCUGGUGGCAUCCCGUAAUUUUGCAAAUGAUGCUACCUUCGAAAUUAAGAAAUGUGACCUUCACCGGCUGGAAGAGGGCCCUCCUGUCACGACAGUGCUCACCAGGGAGGAUGGGCUCAAGUAUUACAGGAUGAUGCAGACUGUGCGCCGAAUGGAGUUAAAGGCAGAUCAGCUGUAUAAGCAGAAGAUUAUUCGUGGUUUCUGUCACUUGUGUGAUGGUCAGGAAGCUUGCUGUGUGGGCCUGGAGGCCGGCAUAAAUCCCACGGACCACCUCAUCACAGCCUAUCGGGCUCACGGCUUUACCUUCACUCGGGGCCUUUCUGUCCGCGAGAUUCUCGCAGAGCUCACAGGGCGAAGAGGAGGUUGUGCGAAGGGGAAAGGAGGAUCGAUGCACAUGUAUGCCAAGAACUUCUACGGGGGCAAUGGCAUCGUCGGCGCUCAGGUGCCCCUGGGAGCCGGGAUUGCCCUGGCCUGUAAGUAUAACGGAAAAGAUGAGGUCUGUUUGACUUUGUAUGGUGAUGGCGCUGCUAAUCAGGGUCAGAUAUUCGAAGCUUACAAUAUGGCAGCUUUGUGGAAAUUACCUUGCAUUUUCAUCUGUGAGAAUAACCGCUACGGAAUGGGAACAUCGGUUGAGAGAGCCGCAGCCAGCACCGAUUACUACAAGAGAGGCGACUUUAUUCCUGGACUGAGGGUAGAUGGAAUGGAUAUCCUGUGUGUCCGAGAGGCAACAAGGUUUGCAGCUGCCUACUGUAGAUCCGGGAAGGGCCCCAUCCUGAUGGAGCUGCAGACUUACCGUUACCAUGGACACAGUAUGAGCGAUCCCGGAGUCAGUUACCGCACCCGAGAAGAGAUUCAAGAAGUGAGAAGUAAGAGUGACCCCAUCAUGCUUCUCAAGGAUAGGAUGGUGAACAGCAACCUUGCCAGUGUUGAAGAAUUAAAGGAAAUCGACGUGGAAGUGAGGAAGGAGAUUGAGGACGCUGCCCAGUUUGCCACGGCGGACCCGGAGCCACCGCUGGAGGAACUCGGCCACCACAUCUACAGCAGCAACCCUCCUUUUGAAGUUCGCGGUGCCAAUCAGUGGAUCAAGUUUAAGUCAGUCAGUUAACGAGAGACCAAGCAACCGCACAGAACCCCGUUCCCAGUGAGACUAAAGGGCAUGUAGGUGAAAGGAAAGGGAGAGUACUUGCAUGCAGUUUAUACAUUGAUGUGAAGAUAGGGCAGUAUAGAGAUUAACCUUUCCCUAAAUUUUAGCUUUGUACUUGGAACAGCACCUCCUUGUACGCUACCAUUUGAAGGGUAAGAGCUCCUUGCCUGCCCUGAGGGGCCGGUGCUGCGUUCCCCACGUGACCCAGCCUCUUCACCAUGACUCUCCCUAAGGAGAGUAUUACAGCUGGCAGGAAGACAAUUCUUUAUAAUUAUUUCAAAAGCCAAGUGAUGAAUUUUAUUAAUAGUUAUGGACGUAUUACCCUCGUUACUACAUAAAAUCCAGAGCAGCCCUUCUCCCAGCCUCUUGUGUCCUUGGCAACAAGUGCUGUAGUGUGGAGGGAGCCCUCUCCCACCCCUGGAGGCCAGUUUGUAUUUCUCUCUCUGAAAGCUGUCAAAACUAAGGUGCAUCGUUCUCCUAAUCUUAAAAACAGGUUUAUGCAACAACAUUUGAGGACAGUUUUUACACAGCCAGGGUUAAUUGAACAAGAGCAUUUAUGUGUAAACGGAACAAAAUUGUGGGGACAUUCACAGUCACUUUAACGACAACGAUGCAUGGAGGGGAUUUGCUCACUCUGUCGCCGUCAGCCUACUUGCUGGCCGCCGAGGACUGCUGGGGCUGUCUUCUGUACUGGGAGACGGCAUUCCAGAGCCUGCAGAGCAGCCCGCCCCUAGGAAGGCAAUGGGAGAGGCAGGCAGUGAGAGGCGGAAGUGUCUUCAAACAGUUUGUGGAAAAACAAUGUGGGUCGGGCUCAUGCAGAUGCCGGCUUAGAGGCUUGCAGUUCCUGCAGAUGCCGGCUUAGAGGCUUGCAGUUCCUGGCUGCCCAGCCCCAGCUGUUGUGGGCAUCUGACAAGCCAAUUACUGCCUUUCAAGGUUUUAAGUGCUAAAGGAAAAGUUGCAAGAGCUACACCUCAUUCAUACCAUGUAUUUUCCAUACAUGUGGCUUUCAAGUUUUUUGUAUUUUUUUUUUUUUAAGAUGGCAGAGCACGGCUCACUCUCCAAGUGCCUGCAGUAGCUGGGGCAGGGCUGGUCGGGGCAGGGGCAGGGGCCCAAGCACGUAAGUUGGCAUCUGCUGCGUCAUCAGGAAGCUGACUUGCACUCCCCUGUGGAUGUCCACAUCACCAAGAAGUAGCUUAACCUGCUGCGGGCCAGGGCUGGCCCUUAUACCAUUAAUUCCGUUUUCCACAAACUCUUUGACAAAUAUUCUCUGCAUGUUUGCAGGUGGCCCCCGGCGGCAGGAGGAAGUGGUGCAGAGGGAGAUAGCAUGCUGGCACCUCAGCAAGGGGGUGGGUGGCAGGAGGCUGAACUGUGUACCUUCCUGCUUCAGACUUUGCCCCUCAGGUUCAGCCACAGCUUGACAAGCCUGGCAAAAUGCCUGACUCGGGGGGGGGGGGGGGGGGAGGUGGAGAAGCUCGUCUUCGGACCAAGCUACAGCAAAGGGAAUUAAUGUAGACAGUUAUCAGCACGCUUUCUGCUACGCCCAGGUAUGUUCACACGGAGAAGGUAACGGGUUCUCGCACAGAGCGCUCUGAGGCUCUUACCGUAGGCGCAGAUAGCUGAGAUCCUCGUUGGUGACAUCCUGCGGCACGGCGGAAAGUGUGUAGCCCUCUUCCACAAUCUGAAACAGAGGCGUGGGCGGUAAGGCAGAGGUGCGCGGCGGCCCCGCAGCAGCAGGCGCUUGCGAGCCGAACGUACCUUGGCGAUGGCAUCUGCAUCCUGCAGGUGCAGCCAGCCCAGGAGCUCCUGAUCUGCUCUCUGCCCAGGGGAGGGCCCGGGGCGCUCGGUAUUACCUGUAAGGAUUCGGAAUGCGUUGCACAUGAAUGUCUCGUCACAAAACUCCCAAAGCAGCAAGCCAGAUGUAAUAAACUCUGCCAGACUGCA